AUGGCAGACGAUUACGACAUCCAACAGCACCUCGAUCUUGUUUCCUCGUGGUCGAACGAUCCAACAGCCUACUUGUCGCGUUACUAUACACUGCACUUUCAAUGGGAUAAGGAAGCAGACGCCAAUCGAGAACAGGCCAUUUAUGUACGACAGGCACCCAACAAGGUGUGCAUUCUCGGCGUGACCAGUGGACAUGCAGCAUUGAAGAAAGACGACGUUCAAGUGAUACCCAAAUUGGAAGCAGGCGCCAAUGUCAAACCCGAGACGGUGCUCUGUGAUAUCGUGGCGGGCGACACAACGUACGCGGUCCGAGCGCAUAUGCGGGGGAAGCUUCUUGAAUACAAUCCUCGCAUGACAACGGCUUUGAUCCAAGGAAAGGCGAUGACCGAAGGAUAUCUUGCAAUCAUUUUACCUUUCCAUGAAGACCCAUCAGUGCAGCUGAAAGAAUUUGUUAGUCAAGAAGACUUCCGUGCAGUAUAA